UUUAAGUUUGUGUUAGUUCGACGUUGCUUUUGGACCAGCUAAGACACGAUAUGUGUAUUUUAUGAUAAAAUUAAAUCGAAAUUAAUUAAUUGCAACGGUUCGGCAACUAAUCCCAAAUAAGAAUAUCAAAGUUUCGAGAUUAAGAUUUUUAAGUGAACAUUUUAAGUAGUUUCCUUUAAUUGAUAAUACCAAAAUUAAAUAUCCUGAAACCCACCGAAAAAUUACACAAUGGAAGUACAAAUAUCACCCGUAUACUCAAACUCAGCCCAAUCUUUACUACUACCAAAGCAACAAAUCAACAACUGCAACGUCGAUGUAACAGACCACAAGCGCUUCAAAUCUGAUCUAACCUUUCACUGCAUCCUGUGCACCGACGUUUAUGAUGAUCCAAAUUUACUGUACGAACACAUGAAAAUUCGGCAUCCUCAACUCUAUGAGCGUGACGACUUGAACAAUAUGAUGGAGGAAGAGGAAGAAAAGUCGGAAAAUUCAGACGAAGAGUACGAAUAUAAUGUCAGUAUUAUGGAACCGAUAUGUGAAUUGAAACAGACUGAUGAUGAUGUUGAAACGAAUGCUGUCUCGGAACGAUUGAAUGGGGAAGUGGAUGAUGACGAUGAUGAUGAUGACAACUCCACGGGAACAGGAACAAAUGCAGUUUUGCUUCGAUUACCGCAAGGUCCUGGCAGAGGUAGACGUCGUGAUAUUGAUAAUGAGCGUCUGGAAUGUACGCAACCGGACGGAACGUGUUUCUUUCAAUGUACGCAAUGUGAAAAAUCGUUUAAGUUUUCGGGAGAUUUGGCUAAACACGUUAGAUCGCACACAUUGAACAAGCCUUAUCAGUGUUCAAUUUGCGAGAAAUCUUUCACUCAUAUCGGCAGCUUGAACACACACAUUCGGAUUCAUAGCGGAGAAAGGCCGUAUAAAUGUAAAAUUUGUACGAAGGCCUUCACACAGUCUAGCAGCUUAAUGGUUCAUAUGCGAUCCCAUUCGGUGAAAAAACCGCAUCAGUGCGAGGUGUGCGACAAAGGAUUUGUGAACUCCAGUAGUUUAGUGUUACACAUGCGAUCACAUGCAGAAGGCGAUCCAUUUCCCUGCUCCGACUGCGGAAAACGCUUCAAACAAUCACACCUACUGUUGGAACAUAUGCAACUGCAUACAGAUGCCUAUCUCUAUCAAUGCUCCAUUUGUCGAAAGGCAUUCCGCCAAGCCAGUGAAUUGGUGCAACACAUGAAAGACCAUACUGGCGAGAAGCCGUUCCAGUGUUCAAUUUGCGAGAAAUCGUUCACGCAACCAGGAAGUCUUAAUACCCAUAUGAGGAUUCACACCGGUGAAAAGCCAUUUCAAUGCAAACACUGCAACAAGUCAUUCACGCAAGCAUCCAGUCUAUCGGUUCACCUUAAAGUGCAUACGGGUGACAAAAAAUUCCGUUGUCACCAUUGCCGCAAGUCGUACAGUCAACAAUCGUAUUUGAACAAGCACAUUGCAUUCCAUAUGCAAGAAGAAAUCUUCCAUUGUCAAUUAUGCGCUAAAGCGUUCAACAAAUCGGCAUCGUUGAUACAGCAUGUGGCCAAGGAUCAUGCCGUGGACGGGGCAUUGCUAAAGUGUUGGAUUUGUACGAAGGCAUGCGAUAAUGUUACGGAUUUGCUGGUUCAUUUGCGUGAGCAUGCGGAUAGUGUUCAGAAGUGAUGGGAAUGUUGAGCGUUAGUGUCACUUUCGAUUGAACGGAAUCACGAUAGAAUUUUUUACGGUAACGAAAAUGUGGUUGGAAGGUAGUUCUAUUGUAGGAAUUGCAAUUUUCUUUUAUUAUUUACCGAAUUUGUUAAACACGCCUUGCCACUAGAACCUAUUUUUAGGAAUUUUAUUUUCAGAAUUUGUUUGGAAUCUUAAAGAAAAUAAGUUACCACUGUAACUAGUAAUGGAAGCAAUUAUAAUGUUUACUUUGUCAUAAAACAGACUUAAAUUCGGAUAAACGGAAGAUUUCUGUUUUCAUUCGUAAGUGGCACUAAUGAUUGGGCUCCGGCGAUCAAUGCCUUAGUUACGUGUGUUACAUUUGCAAAAGAUAAAUGAGUUUGAAACAAACAAAAAAACAUUAGCUGAUUUCGAUCAAAUAAAUCCGAAGAGAGAAUUUAGGAAAAAAAUAUUUCCGAUGCUAUAAUUGUACCUCUUGUACCAGUAAUCAAAACAAAUUGUGCAACAGAAGGUCUUAUGAAAACAAAACACAAAAAUAUCUUACAAAGUAAUAGAAUAUAAUAGAAAGAAAAUUUAU